GAUCCCUCCGUGAAGGCUUUGGUCGGCUUCGCUGUCCGAUCUCUGGCUUACCCCCUUGGGCUCCCUUCAGAAAGCUGUAGGCUUUUAAUUCCCGUCACUAAUAUCAAGUGUGUCUUUCAUUUCCGGGUCCUAUGACUUAUCAGGUGGUUGCUGGGCGGCAUCAGGAGGAGGAGGAGAAUUAGUAAAGGGGAAAGAAAUUCUGUUGCAUCUGGCCCCCCUGCCCUCUAACCAGCCCAGUCCACUCCAGCGCCUCGCAGGAAGCUUAUACAUGAGCGAGAAAGCAGAAGCUGUCUGAGUUUAGAGAAAAAGUUGUCAGUGUCCGUCUCAGCAUGGCCGGGGGCUCGGUGUCUGAGUGCAAGGAGUACUUGUUCAAAGUGCUGGUGAUCGGGGAACUAGGCGUCGGGAAAACCAGCAUCAUCAAACGCUACGUGCACCAGCUUUUCUCGCAGCACUACAGGGCGACGAUCGGGGUCGACUUUGCGCUUAAAGUGAUCAACUGGGACAGCAACACGCUGGUCAGAUUACAGCUGUGGGACAUCGCAGGUCAGGAACGAUUUGGGAACAUGACGCGAGUGUACUACAAAGAGGCAGUGGGGGCAUUCGUGGUGUUCGAUGUGACAAGGGGCUCCACGUUUGAGGCAGUGUCUAAGUGGAAGCAUGACCUGGACAGCAAGGUGAAGCUAGCUAAUGGCAACCCUAUCCCUUCUGUGCUGCUCGCCAAUAAGUGUGACCAGAAGAAAGAGAGUGCCAACAACACGGCCCUAAUGGACAAUUUCUGCAAAGAGACUGGCUUUCUGGGCUGGUUUGAAACCUCAGCUAAGGACAACAUCAACGUGGAUGAGGCAGCGCGUUUCCUGGUAGAGAAUAUCUUGGCUAACGACAAAGGUUUGCCAUAUGAGGAGAGCAAUGGAGACCGGAUCAAACUGGACCAGGAGACUGUGGCUGCUGAGAUCAAGUCAGGCUGCUGCUAACACUCAGUCCAUUCACAUUAGCCGCCCGCUUCCCCUUGGCGGUGUCCAACACGUUCAUCCAGCCUGUGGCUCUCAGCCCUCUUCUGCAGCCUCUCUGAGGAAUAUGAAUGUUUGGGUCUUCAAAGCUCCAGGAUUUUUUCCUCCCUGCAGUGAUGCCCAUUUGACCUGCACGUCCAAUCUUCUCACUGCAGCUUUCCCUAUAGGCCAGAAUAGAAAACCCAAUUUUAUCUAGAUGUUGUCACUGCCUCUACUUGGCUUUUGCAUUCUUUGAUCCACACCUCUAAACCACAGGAUUUUUCUUAUUGUGCUUGUCUCACUGCAUUUUUCCCUGAUUGUCUAUUUCACCACCAGCCCUCUACACUUGAAUCUGUCUGCUCCCCCUGUUGCCUCUGAAGCCCUGAACUAUACCACAUCUGAGAAGGGGUGCAAACUAUGCAGAAAGUUGAGAAUUUUGUCACUUUUGUCUGUUCUCUUACAGCAUCCUUGUCAUUCAGCAUUUAUCUGUGAAACAAGACACUUUAUUGUUCAGUGUAUACCUAACAUAGGUGAUGCCCCUUAAACAAAAUCUUUUACAGCACAAUCAUGUUUGUGUUUCCAGCUGUUCUUUAGACUACUGUGUAAAAAGUAAGCAAACGAGCAUUAUCAAAGUGUUAUCGUAUCUCAUAUUACUGUCAUGAAUUGUUGUCUUUAAGUUGUAUUGUUCCUGCAAUAAUGCGUAAUUUUUUUUAUCAUGUUAAUUAGCGAGGAACACUUUUUGUUGUUCACUAAAACAUUUACGGACAGACGGACAAUACAGCAUUCCAGAAGAAAACUCUAAUAACAGUACUAUAUGAGACACUGACAAAUGUUUGUUUGAUUGUCUUUCCACUGGUAUGAAAAUGUUGAUCAGAUUUGCAGUAUAUAUUUUUUUAAAUCUGUUGGAUGAUGCAUUAUAUAAGCGGUGAGAUGUCAUAAAACAGAAUCCGACAGAGGACUACACUCUCUUGUACACAGGGUUGGUAAUCUGUUAAAGUGUUCAGAAGGAAUAUGAAGAUUUUCUUUUAUACAUGGAGUUAAGAUUACGUUUAUACAUAGAAAUACUUUAAAUCUACUAGACCAACAUGGAAUAAACAUUUUAACAAAUUUGUGCUGUCUACUAGUAAUUAGACUGACCAAAUGUAUUUAUCUAUCCUUUUGAUCAAAUGUGUUUUAUCUAAUGUAUUUAUACUGUAUAUGGAAUAACAAUGGGGGGCAGUGUUGGUGUUGCUCAACAACAACAACAACUCAUCAUUCAACCCAAAUCAUUCAUAAUUCAUUCAAUCAUAUAACCUUCAGAUAGACAAGGUAUGUGAAUGAAUUAAUGAGGUCUGCACCAUAUAAUUGAAGCACAGCAUUUGGCUAAAAUACAGGAUAAACAUUUAUUUUCCCUGCUUAGAGUUUAUGGUUUAUUGUCCCACCCAUAUUGGCAAAAUCAGAUUAUAAAAUUCUGUUUUUUUUACUUGCACGCUGCAUCUUGGAUCAAGACAGCUGAGCUGGGAUUAUUCUCACACAUUUCUUAUUAGCAUACUGUACAAGCAAUACUGCCUGAUACAGGUGACUACAGGUUCUUGGGACUUGGAUACAAAAAUUGCAGCAAUUUGGUAUUACUACAGCAAAACUGCUGCAAUAGACAUAAGUGUGACUGCACCUAAGAAUGAUCGAGUGGCAGUGUAUUUAUCUUAAAUAAAAAUUUAUCCUAAAUAUUAGUGGACCUAAUGAAAAGCAGAUAUUUUGGGCAUCUGUUGUACAUGUAUGCAGCAUCAUCUAUGCUGGGAAAACUAGAUUCUGCCUAACAUGCAGCAUUGCGCUUGCCAAAUCGUCCACCCUCAUUGUAGUUAGAUUUGUGUGUUUUUAUCUACAAGGCAAUUCUGUGCAAAUUACCCAGUUUCUUUGUAGCCUUAACUUUGCGGUCAGUCGAUACCAAACACAGUCUAACAGGCUACUACUUUUAAGUCCCCAGGGUGGUUUCAAAGUUAGGAAAUACUGACUUUUCAUUCUGUGCACCCUCAACAUUGAACUCCUUACAAAAGAUUCUUCUGUUUGAGGUGCUGCUACCACUUAGGGAGUUCAAGUCCCUGGUUGCAGAUGGAGGAGUGUAGAUGUUUUCUAUAGGCUGGAGUCUUUAAGGGUAUCUUGGAAGAUGUUUUAAUGUACUGUAUUGUCAUUUAUGUGUCAUGUAACUUUUAAAUGCUGUUUAGCUCCCUUUCUUGGCCAGGUCUCCCUUGCAAGUGAGAUUAUAUCUCAAUGGACUUAAAUAAAGGUUUAAAAAAAAAGGCCAAUGAUAACGUCAAUGGACAUAAUAAGGCUCACACAAAAUGUCACUCCCACAAACCUCAACAGUCUAGAUUCAGAAUCUAGCAAAUGCCUCACAAGAUGUAUAUAUGUGUAUAAAAUGUUUGAGAAAACACUUGUGUUAAGUUUCUCUCAACGAAACUCAGCAUGAAGGACUAUGGAUAAAGCUGUAUGUGUGAAAAGUACAA